AUGACGAACUCAACAUUAAAUCAACCUUCUUCUGAAGAACUUAAUGAAACAUCAAUUAAAAACAAUGUAAUCUCUUUUUCGGACCAACAAGAUAAAAAAAUUCAGGAUGAUAAGGAAUUAUCAUCUAGCAUUGUUGGUUCUGAAAUUAUAAUUCAUGAUAAAGUAACAUCGUCUGCAAGAAAUACCACAAUGGGUGAUAUUGAUACUGAUUUUACUGACUGUCUUUUUACUAAUAUUUUAGCCAGAUUUAGAGUUAGGGUUUAG